AUGUGGCCAUCUGUUAUAGAGGUUCUUCAAAAUUUAAUUGAUGAUGGUGAUCGUUCUUCUAAGGGUUUAAGUAGAACUUUGGUUGAAAGAAUGGAGAGGUAUGAAUUUGUGCUUAUUCUACUAUUGAUGAAACAUAUAUUGGCAAUCACAAAUCAUUUGUCAACCGUUCUACAAGAGAAAGAUCAAAAUAUUGUGAAUGCGAUGCAUUUGAUCAAUAAUGUGAAAUGCAAAUUGCAAAAGUUGAGAGAUUCUGGAUGGGAUAUUUUACUUGAGGAUGUGAAGAAGUUUUGUAACACUCAUUCCAUUGAAAUAAUUAAUAUGACAGAUAACAUCAACAGCCGUAGUCGUUUGAAGAGAGAUGGGAAAAAUGUUAUCGAUAUUAUUCUACAGGAGAUGGAUAGUCGUUUCUCUGAAACAACUAUAGAUUUGUUAAUUUAUAUGUCAUGCCUUGAUCCUAGGAAUUCGUUCUCUAGAUUUGAUGUACAGAAAUUAGUACGUCUGGUUCAUUUUUAUGAGGAUGAUUUUUCUUGGAGUGAGCGUAUGUUGGUUGAACAAGAGUUUGAAACAUAUAUUGAUGACGUCAGAUCAGAUGAACGGUUUGAAGGCAUUUCAGAUUUGGGAGCUCUUGCAAAGAAAAUGAUUGAAACAAUGAAGAACCGUGUGUUUUCUUUGGUUUAUCGGAUGAUUGAGUUAGCCUUACUUCUUCCAGUUGCUACUGCAACCGUUGAAAGAGUGUUUUCGGCAAUGAAUAUUGUCAAAACAGAUUUGCGAAACAGGAUUGGAGAUGAAUGGAUGAAUGAUAGUUUGGUAGUCUAUAUCGAGAAAGAUGUUUUUAAUACUGUCGACAAUGAGCCAAUUUUAUAA